ACCAUCACAGAUGGUACUUGAAAAGAUUCUUUAAUUUUCCUCGACUCAAUCACAUAUUUCUUUCUUUUCUCAGCUCAGUGUCUUGUUUUGUUGUCCAAAUUCCACUCCAAACCGCCUUCUUUACUUCUAUUUUUCUCUGAAUCUUUCCCUCUCCCCAUCCAUUUUUCUUUCAUCUUCUAAUCUGCAACUCUCUCUCUGUAUAUACCAGAAACAGAGCACCAUCAAUGGCUGCCAAAAAGUUUGCAACCAUGCUGCACAGAAACACCAACAAGAUCACUCUCGUUCUAGCCUAUGCUCUCCUCGAAUGGACUCUGAUCAUCCUCCUCCUUCUCAAUUCCCUCUUUUCUUACCUAAUCAUAAAGUUCUCCGAUUACUUUGGCCUCAGAAGACCCUGCCUCUGGUGUUCUAGGCUCGAACAUAUCUUCGAGCCCAGAAACACCAAAAGUUCUUAUAGAGAUCUCGUCUGCGAAUCUCAUGCCAAUGAGAUAUCCCAUCUGGGUUAUUGUUCAAAUCACCAGAAACUUGUAGAAUUGCAAGAUAUGUGCGAGGACUGCUCAUCGAAGCCGGAUUGCGAAGAAUGGUCAAAGAAGUUUGCUUUUUUUCCAUGGAUGAAGCAAAUUGGGAUGAUUCGGGAUAGCGAUGAAAAAGUCACUGAGAAUGGAGAGGAGAAGUUGAACUGUUCUUGCUGCGGUUUGAGUUUGAACAAGUUUUACCCUUCUUGUAUUGUGAUUAAACCUUCUUGGGAGGUUUUGGAUUAUACUCAGAAACAAAAUUUGAGUUUGGAAACAGGGGAUGAUCGUCAGACGGAAGAAGGUGAUCGGUCGGAUCGAAGCGGAUCGGAUUUUGUGAUCGGAGACGAAGAGGGAGUCGAAGAAAAGAAGGGAGAAAAUAGGGGUUUUGAAGCAGAGGAUCAUUCUGCUGCUUGUUCUGUAUGUGACUAUGGCUGCAAGGAGACGGAGAUUGUAGCCAUUGGAGAUGAAAAAGUGGUGAGAGACAUAGAAGAAGAACAAGAACCCACAAAAGAUAUUGUAUCUCCAAAAAUUCGACCUCAGGAUUUGGAGUUCUACAUUGAUCAAGACGAUUGCCGGUUGGUUCUGGUUGAUUUGAUUGAUUCUCCAGCCACCAUUGAAAACCAGAGUCAUCAGAAGUAUAAGAAGGUGGAAGAAGACCAAGGAAAUAGUAGCGGUUGUGAAGAUGUUAUACUGGAUUUCGACAUUGCGAAGCCGGUUGUGGAGAAUUGGCGCAGUUCAGAAGAGUCUGUGGCAUUGCUUUCGUUCGAUGAGAGUAAGGAAGAGGGGAGUAAGGUUUCGGUUCUUGAUUUGAAGGAUUUGGAUGAGACUGGGAGCGCGAAGGAGGAAAAUGAACAGGUUGGAGCUGUAGCAAAUGGUGAAAUUGUUUCAGAUGUUUAUCUAGCAAUUGAGGAUGAAGUCCUUCCUGGCAACGAUGAGAUUGAGGCGGAGGUCGCAAUAGGGACAGAGAUUCCUGAUCAGGAACUGAAUCACGAAGUUCAAUCGGCUCAAGAACUUUUGAAUUCGCAUCCGUGUGAGCAGGAAGACCCUUCUACAAGUUCUGCCAUUCAAAAUGUUUGUGAUCGUCAUGGUUCUGAGCAACCAGAGGAAGAAUUACUUGAAUUCAAAACCUUGCUGGCUGAAACGAGUGAGAAAGAAAACGAAAAUCAUUUCUCAUAUGAGGAAGAUGAUGUUCUUGACACACCUACUUCAAUAGACAGUCUCCACCAGUUGCAUAAAGGAAUGCUACUAUUUGAGAGACGAGAACUGGUAACAGAAGACUCAUUGGAUGGAAGUGUUAUGAGUGACAUUGAAGGCGGUGAUGAAGUCGUGACAGUUGAGAAAUUAAAGACGGCGUUGAAAACUGAACGGAAGGCUUUGAACGAAUUAUAUGUGGAACUUGAAGAAGAGAGGAGUGCUUCUGCAGUGGCAGCCAGUCAGACAAUGGCAAUGAUAAAUAGGCUACAAGAAGAAAAGGCAGCAAUGCAGAUGGAAGCUUUGCAGUACCAGAGAAUGAUGGAAGAGCAGUCUGAAUAUGACCAGGAAGCGAUGCAGCUCUUGAACGAGCUUAUGGUGAAGCGGGAAAGGGAAAAGCAAGAGCUUGAAAAGGAGCUGGAAGUAUGUCGAAAGAAGCUGCAGGAUUACGAGGCCAAAGAGAGAGCGAUGAUUUUGAGGAGACUGAAAGAUGGAAGCGUGAAAAGUAGAACUUCAUCCGGUGCUUGUAGCAAUGCUGAGGAUAGCGAUGGACUAUCUACUGAUUUGAAUAACGAAUUGAAGGAAGAAGAUUGCUUAUAUGGGAACGAAGAAAGUAGCAAUCAAAACACCCCGGCAGAUGCAGUUCUAUAUCUGGAGAAAUCUUUGGCUGUCUUUGAGGAAGAGAAGUUGUCCAUUCUAGACCAGCUCAAGGAGUUGGAAGAGAAGCUUUUGACCUUGAGCGAAGAAGAGGAAGAAGAAUGUUGUGAGGAUAUAAACCCAAUCGAGCAUUUCUUUUCGGAGAAUGGAAAUGGUUACCAUGAAAGUUCAGAUGUCAGAAGUGAAGUAAAUGGCAAUGGCAUUGCAAAUGGCCAUUCCAAGGAAAUGAAUGGAAAUCAUGAUCAAGAUAGAAAAAUCAAGGGCUUGAAGGCAAAGAGACUUCUUCCACUAUUUGAUGCCAUCGAAACGGAAUCAAGAGACUGGGAAUUGAAUGGAAACACAGAAGGGUACGAUUCUUUUACAUCACAAGAAUCGGAGAGCAAGAAACUUGCUAUCGAGGAGGAGGUUGAUCAUGUGUAUGAGAGACUACAAGCACUUGAAGCAGAUAGGGAGUUUCUGAAGCACUGCAUUUCCUCCUUGAGGAAAGGAGAUAAGGGAUUACUUCUUCUCCAAGAAAUUUUGGAACAUCUUCGCGAUCUGCGAAGUGUAGAACUCCGUCUGAGGACCACGGCUGACAGCAUUCUAUAAAGAGUUCAUAGAUUUUGCUGCAUUCGGGUUAAAACAGCUGCGAAUAUAAGCGGAACACAAAUACAAUUCUGCAGUUUGAACAAUUUCAAGUGGGGGAAUUUCCCUGGAUGGAGAGGGAGGCUCUUCCUGGCCAUCAUGGUGGACUACAAGUUCAAGUCUGCCAAUUUGUUUUUCAGUUUUUUGGUGAAAGUAAGUCCAAUUUUUUUGUGGGCAGCGCUUAUAUCAAAACACCUUUUGAAGGAAAAGGGGGAUGAGAAGCGUAUGCGUGUAGGAGAAAACUUCGUUAUGAAUGCAUUACUAGAGCGGUUCUCACAUGGAAUGAACCCAAAAUACACGGGGUCUUGUUCUUAUGUGAGAGGUGCUCUACAGAUGACGUGACCAAAGUGUCCCUACCAAGUUUUUCUGGUGUGUGUAGUGUAGGAUAGUGAGGUGGAGAAGCCACCCUGUCAAACUGUACGUUGUGAGGAGAAAAGGCCUGGCUUGCAAUGCUGGCGAUCGAGAUCCAACAAAGAUAUUCCAGUGCCAGGUACAUAGCAUCAUUAGUUUAUUAGACAGACAGAAUUAGGACACUCUUUUGCUAAGUUUUGUUUGGAGGAAAGGAAAAGAAAGUGUGGAGGGGAUUUUCUAGUCCCCUUUAUAUUUUCUUUCUGUCUUUAAUUUGCAUCAUUUGAUCAUAUGGGAUUUGUUUAUUAAUUGUUAUUUGAGGGGUCAAAGUUGAGUUACUACUUGUAUACCAUAUGUAUCCAUCUGUAAGUAUAUAAAAGUGAGUGUUUGUUUAUA